GGGCCGGGCGCGCGGCUCGGCGCAUGCGCGGGCGGCGCGCGGCCAUGGCGGACGCGGUGCUGUUCCGGCGCGGCACCGGGCAGAGCGACGACUCGGACAUCUGGGACGACACGGCCCUCAUCAAGGCGUACGACAAGGCGGUGGCCUCCUUCAAGAAUGCCUUAAAGAACGGAGAAUGCUCUGAGCCUUCAGAGAAGCAGGAGCAGCGCCUGGUGAUAAAGAGAAAAAACCAUAAAAAGAACAGAAAUAGAAAAAAGAGCAAUACAGCGCCUUUGAAACAGUGGAAGGUUGGUGACAGCUGCAGUGCUGUUUGGUCUGAGGAUGGUAAUUUGUAUCUAGCAACUAUUGCUUCCAUCAACCAGAAGCGAGGCACAUGUGUUGUCACUUACACGGGAUAUGGAAAUCAGGAGGAGCAGAACCUGUCUGAUCUACUUCCUCCAGCCAGCGAUGAAACAGUAAAUGGGAUGGGGCAUUCUGGGGAGAAUGACAAUGAGACCCCAUAUUCAACAGAUGAAAGUGAAAAAUCUUCCCAGUCACCCCGAAACAAAAACAACUGCACAAAAGCAAGAUUUUCCCCUCAAAACUUGAGAUUUCCCACACCACCACCACCACCAGCCCCAGGUCUAGGAAAGUCUGGAUCAAAAUUCAAGGUACCUCCAUCAUUUUUAUCUUGCUGGCCUCCACCCUUCCCAGCAGGACCACCAUUGAUUCCUCCUCCACCGCCCAUGAUGCCAGACUCUGCUGAGGACGAUGAAGCAUUGGGGAGCAUGUUGAUAGCCUGGUACAUGAGUGGUUACCACACUGGAUAUUACCUGGGUUUAAAACAAAGCCGAAUGGAAGCAACGCUGGAGAGACAAACGCAUGCAAAGUAACCAAAUAUCCACCAUUGUUCUGAAGGAUUCCAGGUACAGAUCUUUUCCACUGAGAAGUGUUUAUCACGUAUGCAUUGGGGAUUGUGAAGAAUUGAAUUUUUUCAAGACAAUUAGUCAUAACAUUUUCUUAACACUGAGCUGUUCCUAUUAACAAAUAAAUAACCUCAGAUUAGUAAUUAAAUGUGCAUUGAAAUGAACUAUUUCUUAAAGACCUUUAGUCAAAUGUAUUUCAAAAGCACUGCAGCAACAAAAUACUUUUUUACUUCCCUGAGGCAGUCUCAAGUCUUCUUACCACUAUAGAUUUAACUCUUUUGACCCCAUGUGAUAGAUUUCAUUUCUCUCUCAACAUGUCUUGCAUUCCUUAGACUUUCUGUCUGAAUGGCAGCAGCAGAAUGAUUGAGUAUGGUAUCGUCUUUUAGGAGAGAGCUAUGGCAGCAAUGUGUGUUACAGUGGCACUGACAUGGAAAACAGUGCACUGUCAUAGUAGGAGGGACAUCUUACAGGUCUGAUUAGAAUCAUGAAAUACCACAGCUCGUUUCAGGAAGGCUAUUGUCUUGUAUCAAAUGUGUGAAUAAAGUUCUCCUUCUUAAGCUUUGA